AUGGCGGCGCCCGGGAAGAUGAUGUUUCCGGAGAAACCGGGCCGCGGCAAGUACAGGGCUGCCCUGAAGAAGGCGAAGCGAAAGAAACGACGGCAGGAACUGGCUCGACGGAGAGACUCGGGACUCCCUCAGCCGGAGGGAGAGGAUGCUUCUGUCGAAGAGCAACGCCUGGAAGAGAAGCUGCUGGAGAUCGAGAGGCAGAAACUGCACGAGGCGUGGUUGCUUCGGGAGCAGAAGGCGCAAGAAGAGUUCAGAAGAAAGAAGGAGCGGGAGGCGGCGGCUAGGAAACGGCAGGAGGAACGCGAGAGGCAGUUACGCGCCGAGCGGGAAGAGCGGCAGAGGAGAGAGAGGCAAGAGCAGGAGCGGAAGCUGCGGGAGAAGCGACGAAGGGAGGAAGCCGCGCAGAGGCUGCUGGGACGCGCCGCCGCCUGGCGGAACCCCGAGCCGCCCGCGGGCCCGCCGACAGCCGGGCGAGGCGGAGCCGACUGCCCGUUCUACAGUAAGACGGGAGCGUGCCGAUUCGGAGACCGGUGUUCGCGGAAGCACAGUUCCCCGUCCUCGAGCCCCACUCUCCUCAUCAAAAGCAUGUUCACGACGUUUGGGAUGGAGCAGCGCCGAAGGGACGACUACGACCCGGACGCGAGCCUGGAGGACAGCGACGAGGAGACCUACCAGCACUUCCUGGACUUCUACGACGACGUGCUUCCGGAGCUCAGGCACGUGGGGACCGUGGUCCAGUUCAAGGUCAGCUGCAACCUGGAGCCGCACCUGCGGGGCAACGUGUACGUGCAGUACCAGUCGGAAGAGGAGUGCCGGGCGGCCCUGGCCCUGUUUAACGGGCGCUGGUACGCGGGGCGGCGGCUCCAGUGCGAACUCUGCCCCGUGACCCGGUGGAAAACGGCCAUCUGUGGUCUGUUCGAAACACACCAGUGCCCGAGAGGAAGACGCUGCAACUUUCUUCAUGUGUUCAGAAAUCCCAACAAUGAGUUCUGGCGAGCCAGCAGGGACAUCUGCCCGCCCCGCGAUGCGACCGGCUCGUCCUCCGGGAAGGGCCCGGAGAGGAGAGCGCGCGCGGGCCGCCGCGCGGGCGGCUACGGGGGUGACUACGGGGCGAGGAGCCCCGGCCCGGCCCGCUCCUGCAGGACGAGCCGGGGAGCCGAGAGGAAGCGGAGGAGCAGCCCCCGGGGCGACGAGUCGCGCAGACGCCUGUGGAGGAGCCGCGCGGGGCCCAGGUCACCCAGUCGAGGCGGGAAGAGGGGCCGCAGCCGGAGGAGCUCCUCUGGGUCCAGGAGCCGAGGCAGGAGGAGGUCAGGCAGCAGGGGCCGAACCACGCAGGGUCCCAAAGGCAAAUAA